AUGAAUUAAAGUUAAUAAGGGCAAGAAGUUUACAAAAUUAUAUUAGUUGGAGAUUAAGGAGUAGGAAAAUCUUCAAUAUUACUCAGAUACACAAAAGAUCUUUUUUAUAGAGAAUAUAAUGUUACAAUAGGACUUGAAUUUGCUAGCAAAAAAGUGACUAUCUAAGAUAAUUCAUUGACCCUUUAAAUUUGGGACACAGUAUAUAAUCUUAAUUAUUACAUAAAAGGCAGGUUAAGAAGCUUUUAGAAGUAUUGCUAGAUCUUUUUAUAGAAAUUCUGCUGCUAUCAUAAUCGUAUUUAAAUUGACAAGGUUCAUUUUCUAAAAUAUUAAAGUCAUGAUACUUUUUAAAGUAUAUCUGGAUGGGCAAAAGAUAUCCAUGAUAAUAGUGAUUAAGGCGUAGUAAUUUCUUUGGUAGGUAAUAUGUCAGAUUUGGAGUCAGAAAGAACUGUAUCAAAGGAAGAAGCUCAACAAAAGGCUUAGGAAUUAAAUGCUCUAUAUUUUGAAACCUCAGCUGCUACAGGUUCCAAUAUUGAUGAUGUAAGAUAUCAAUCUAAUAAGACAUCUAGAUUUUUAUCAACACCUUGGAGAAAGUAGCAAAACAACUUAAUCCAAUUAGAACAAAUUCAGAAUAAAAUGUUAGAGAUUCUAUUCAGUUAUCUUAAAAAUACUCAUCGUAAUCUUAGAUAAAUUAGGAAUUGGGAGGAAAAAAAGGAAAAUAAUAAGAUGAAUCUAAAAAAGGCUGCUGUUGAAUUAUUUAGAAUUAUAAAAUUUAUC